AAGGACAAAUCUAACCGAGUGACGUCAAAUGGAAGCGGUUCUCUUUGAAACUGAGAAAAAAACAGACUGCGUGUGCUUGCGUCUUUGUGAAAAAGAAGAUUGCUCAAUUCUACAUGCAUAAAUUGAAAAUUGACUCGAAUGGGGACAAUAACUACCUAUGUUGUUUCGCGAAGCAAUUAACCAAGUGCCGGGGAACUGAACAGCUGUUUCAAGGAGUUUGUUUAUUAAUCUAAUCGCAAAAUUAAUGCGUCAAAUAUAAAGUUUCAUCGGCUGGGAAGUUGAAUAAUUUUGCUGAGCUGUGAUUUCAGUCGAUCUCUAGUUUUUGUUCUGAUCGAGGAUACAUAUCAAAUUUCGUCGAUUCAUCAAGUGAAAGGCUGACUCGUUGAUUUUAUCACAAGCUGACAAAGGAACUGUUUGCGUCGGCGUUUUCUCGAUCAGCUGUUCUUAGCUUGACAGGUCAAUUUGGGAACACUUGAUGAUCGAAGAGCAGAGCGAGCUUUCAGAAGCACAAGUCAGUUAGGCUAAAUGUCUUCAACGACCAUCUCACGACCUUUGAUCGGACAGGCAGCUGACGAUCUUGAAAAUGAUGGAGACACAGAAGAAAGCGGAUCGUCCGAUGAUAUCAAAGAAAAUCCUCCAUCGGACAGCGAUCAGACGGGAUCCCACGAUAAAGAACCGCUCUCAAUGAAACGCCGCAUUGCUUUUGUUGGCGCUCUUCUUCUCUGUGUAUUCACAGUAUUUGCCUUUGCUUUCUUGCUACCGUGUCAUAAACCAAAGUGCCAGAAAUUGCCAUCUUGUCCCGGCACAAGAGAUCUGUCAUCUAUUAACUGGACUGAGAAAUUUAGUGGCAUUACCCCAGGGAGAAUUUCUUUGGUUGAUGUGACAGGAGAUGGUAGGACAGACAUUUUAGUCGAGUUUGAAAUAGAGGAAAAAGAGUCCGUGAAUUCUUCAUUCCUGAACAGGCUUUGUAAGAGUAAAAAUUGCUAUGGAAGUGGUGUUUUGGCCAUAGAUGGCUCAUGUGGGAACACCCUCUGGAUUCUUAGCCGCAAUUCAUCUUUUGGGUUACUAGCUUGUGAAAGAAUGUCUGAUGGUCUAAGCAAUAACAGACAUUGCUUGUUGCCUGAAGAGAAAAUUAAACUUCUUCUCUUCAAUGUGGUUAAUGGAACUGCCAAAUGGCAGUCUAAGUCACCAUCAAGUGAGAAAAUUUCAUCCUUUGAAUUUGCUAAUGAUGUCAAUGGUGACAACACGAGAGACAUUGUAUUCGUAGAUGAGAAAAAAAAUGAUGGUACAGAAGGUGACAUUAACUUAUUAUCUGGAAAAACAGGAAAUGCCAUUGGAAGUUCUUUACCAUUACCACAAGGUCAUGAUGGUAGCAGUGUCCUUGCUAUUCACACUCCAUCAACUGCACAUCAGUUUGUAAUUGUUGGCUCAGUCUCUAAGGAGAAAAAGAAUUCAUCUUUAUGGGCAAUGUCUUUACAUGACUUAUCAGAGAAAGUGAGAGAUCCAAUGAAGGAGUUUUCAGGUGAAUCAUGGGGAAAGCAUCAGCCUGAUCCAGAGAGUGGUUUUAUUUCCAUUAUAAAAGAUUCCCUCAUACUGGUGCAACCUUUACUAACGGAUCUUGAUGGUGAUAGUGUGAAAGAUAUUGUAUUUCUUAUAAGAGAAAAUGGUUUUUCUCUUCUGGCCAGGAAUGGAAGUGAUCUGACAGUGAUGUGGAAGACAGCCUUACCGUCAGAUGGUUCUAUUCAUAAGUAAGCUAAAUAGUUACAACAAUAAUAAUUUAUAGUAGUACCGGUAAUAAUAGUAAAUUAUUGAUGUUAAGACAUGAUAACCCUUUAGUAAUCAAGAAGCUUAAUGUAUUUAUUGAUAAUUAGAAAUAAUUGAUCUUGUCUUUGGGCAGUAUAGUUGAACCUAGCCUGUACAUGGACGUUGUUUUAUUUUCUUCUCAUUCUUUUCGAAAACAUCUGCGAGCGCGUGAGAGCGAGCGUGAAGCGCGAGAACAAGUGCAGAGAGCGAGAAAGAAAAAUAAAUGUUUAAUAAGAACAAGUGCAGAGAGCAAUUAAAUUGGACCAAAGAUAAAAUAAAUGUUUAUUAAGUUCCUCCCCCAUGUCAACUCCUCAUCAAUAUAUCUCCUGUCAAGAGAUAUCAUUAUGAGAAUUAAUAAAAUGAUCACCAUAGAGAAAAUUGGACCAAUAAUUAUUGGAGGAUAUAAAUUGAAUUUGUGUAAUUGGACCUAAAGGGUUAAGCAUUUUACAGCAUUUAAAUGACACUCAGAGUCAUGUUUUAGUUGAAGAAUGUCUUCUCAGACUGCUUCAAUGCUGAAAAAGCGGCUAAAAGAUGUCGGUCCAUCGGAUUAUUGUAGGAUAUUAUCCCAUUCCCAUAAAGCUAUGGAGAAUCUUUUUACUGGGAAUGUUUCAAGGUGUUACAAAACGAAACUUGGCAGAGAAUUUAAGAAAUCUUGGUUUUACCAUUUCACAAACAACAAAAACAGAAAAAUAGUGGAAAUUGAAAAGGAAAAUCCUAUUUAGGACUACUCUCACCUGGACAAUCUUAUUCCACCUUCUUAUCAGUAUGUAGUACUGUUUUAUGAAUUUUCUAUGGUUUAAUUUUCAGGUUAUUGCAAUCCCAGCACCUAUCUAAAGAAAACUCUUCAGAUGUUGUUGUGUUCAUUGAAUAUGCUAACCAUUCCUCUUCACUGCUGGUCAUUGAUGGUCCAACAGGAAAACUAAGCUGGAUAUUUCACAGCAAGAGUGGUCUGCCUGUGGCACCAGUCCCUGUUCCUAGUAUCCUUGGCAUGCCACAGGCUUUUGUGAUAUGGUUGCCAAAGGUAGAGUCUAAGAUGCUGAUUCCUAAAGAACAAGCAGGGAGCCAAAUCCAAGAAGAGAGUUUUGAUGACCAGAAUAAUGGCAGUAGAAGUGCUGAUGGACAUGAAAAACACAAUAAGAUGCCAAGACGUAAGCGCCACGUUGAUAAUGAUGUAAUUUCUGAGUCAAACCAUGCUGCUUUCUCUGAAUGGAAGUAUCUUCACAAUUUUUUUCAUUAUGAUGAUGAUGAGGUCGAGGAGGAAGAUGUUGAUGAUGAUGAUUAUGAUGAUGGCAAUGAUGAUGGUGAAGCAUUUAAUGAACCUGAUCUUGGACUGGAGGAUGAUACUUACAGUUUGCCACUUUCCCAGAAAACAUUUUUUGAGAAAGAUAUACAAGACAAAGUUGACAAUGUGUUGGAGAAAGAGCUCCAUGUUUUCCUUGAGAGAGUCUACAAUAAGAAACCAGCUUUUCCUGUCACUGUAGCAGAGAUCAAUCCUCAAAAAGAGAGGUUUGAUGUCAUGGCAGAUCCAGACUUUGACAGAAGUGAACUAGAGUGGGAGCUAAGUGACCUUACCACCGGAAGAGAUCAUGAGCCAACAGGAAACCAUGAAAAGAAAGUUGUGAUUCAAAAAAGUAGUCAAAAGAAUGAUAAAAUCUUAUCCAGUGCUUCAAAUACACCUGAGAUCUUAUCUAGCUUGCAGAGGAAAGCUGGGGCCUCAGGUGGCAGUCAAAAGAGUGAAGAUAUCACAGUGAGAGGUAAAGCCAAAACUGACAUCUUAGCAGCUAUUCAAAAGAAAGAAAUGAAGUUUUCUAAUCAUGACAAUGAUGACACCUUAAGAAUGAAUCAUGAGGUGGCAGCUAAUGCUUUUGUUCCAAGAGUUCACUCCAUUCCAAAGAACCCUUUUGAGUCAACAGUAGAAAACAUAGAGGCUGAAGUCCAAGAAACAUCAAUGAGUGAUAUGAUGCAAAACAGUCCACUUCUAACAGAAAGUGACGAAAAGGAGAACUCCGAGCUGGAACCAGUCAAAAAGCCAUCCUAUCACAAGAGAUCUGUGCAGGGGUCACUGCAGUGUACCCAGGGUUCCGAUGAUGAUGCAGAUGCUUAUGUGGCUCUGCUGUUGCUAAGAGGUAGUCCUGGAGGACAGCACGUUGCUGAGAUCACAGAAGAAAAACCACUUUACUUAGGUAAGGAUUAAAAACACUCAUAAUCAUUGUAACUAUGAUUAUAAUCUUGAACUAUUUUAAACUCUUAAUUUAUUUACUUGUGUGAAGUCACUUGUCAUUAGAAGUAAUUAAAAGGUCAGAGAUGAUAGUCUGGAUUUGUUCAUCUUUUUUAUCAAUAAUUUUUGCAAGCAGUUAAUGUACAAAUAGGAUGAUUUGGUGCUUUUCGUACUGUUUAAAAAAUGAGCAGGAAUGUAAUUAUCAGGCUUCAAAACUUGAGGCAAAGUCAAGAGUUUUUACACCUGAUAAUACACUCCUCCUAUUUUUUUUUGAACUGCUUCAAAAUCUCUGGUAUACUGAUAACUCAUUCUUGCACUGAUCUAAUAUUUAGAUCUGGGAUGGUUUUGGUCUAAAAAAUUGGACGUAAAGUUUAGCCGUGUCUUUAUCACAUAUAAAGACGCUCACUAAACAUUACCGUGUGGCACAAAAUAUUUGCGGGAGUUUAUUUUUGUGAAUCGGCGAUUCUUUGUGUUUUGCGGGAACUAAUUUUUGCAAUUUAAGACAGAUAAUUUGGUUUUUCUUGCUGGGAAUUAAUUUUUGUGAUUUUCAGAAAGUACCCAGUACCUAGCAUUGAUAAUAUUUUCGUUUUUGUUGAGUACGUGCAAUAGAAAUACAUAUUUUCAAACACGAAACCAGUAUUUUGUUGUAUACCGUGUUGUUUCUGAAUGAAAGAGAUAAGUUGUGAUUGAACAGACACGAUUUCUUAGUACUGUAUUUUUGUGUAGCGAAUUUAAGUUGGAGAAUAUUUACUCUGGAGGAAAUUUUUGCAGGAAAAAUGUUUGAGGUAAUUUUUAUUUGCGGAAAUUUAUUUUUGCGGAUAGCUGGAAAAAUCACAAAAAUUGAAAAAAUUAGAUCCCGCAAAAAUUUUGUGUCACACAGUAAUUUCUUUUGUUUGUUCAUUAUGAAUUAUUUAAUAUGGAUAAGAUAGUCAUUGCUUGUGAUGUCAGUACAGGGCUCAUUUUAUUUGGGACUGUUGCCAGUUGUGUUGACCAGCCAAAGAAAUUUUAGCUGGUUCAUGUCUCUCUUCUGACUGGUCAAAAAGUUGAAAAUAACACAGUAACUUGAACAAACUAGCCUAAUGACCAAAAACAUAAUGCCAAAAAAGAUGCUUGUCGCCUUGAAACAUAAUGACAAGUGUGAACAUUUUUUGGUCCCUUAUUGAAAUGCAUAUAUGUCUGGUCAAAAUGACUGGCAAAGUGAUAGUUUGUGUGGCAAAAUAAUGGUCAUCUUGGCUUGUCAUUGCCCCAAGACUGGCCAUUAUUUUGAUCUGCUUUACUGCGGUAACUCUAUACUUUUGUUUUCAAUUUUCUAGGAGGAUUCUGUGAAUAUUAUUUUGUAAAUAGUUUAUCUCUAGACCAGUUUUUUCCCCCAUUGCAGUAGGCUCGAUUACCAGCUGCAGUUCAGGAUCAGAGACCCGACUCAGGAGACUGUGGAAAUCGAGCCUACCAUUGCAGGGCUGCAACAUGAAUAUGCCUUAAAUACAUGUUCAACUGUACUUUAUGUUAGAAGUUUGCAUCUCUUCCCAUUUAAUAUUGAAUGGUUCUGUGUGAACAAAGUGUCUGAUCAAAGUUUUCAGCUGGUUGAAAAUUUGUCCUGUGCCAUGUUAACGUAGUUGUCAAUCAAACAUGGAAAAUGGUUUAAUCAAAAUGCAGCGUAGAGAAUGCAGUAAUUUUAUAGUAACAAUGAUGCUCGACUUUUCGCACAAUGUUUGACAGAAAAUGGUCCGACCCAGCAUGGUACACUCGGUUGGGGAGAUAGGUUGGGCUCUAGCUAGUCACACAGGGAAGUCGAACGUCGUGCCAAUAGUGGAGCGGUGUUCCCCCUUUAACGCCAACAUGGAUUGUUGUCUUCCUUUGAAGAGGAAGAGUGUUGUCUUUCAUUUUAAUAUAGUACAUGACUGUAUAGGAAUCAUGUAAUCAAUUUACGUUAACACAGGAGCAAGGACAUAUUAUUGUUCUUAUAAACUCUGCAGCCACAAAGUAGCUAUUACUGGUGGCAGACAUGUUGCAACUUUCAUCAUUUUAUCUUGCAGAUGCAAUGGAAUAUGGAAGUCUAUUCAACGUCAAGGGAGAUGGCAAGCUGACACCUUGUUUGCGGUUUUUGCCACGUCUCAUGUCUGAGCCUGUGAUAAGAGAGACAGAGGAGGGACUGGAUCUUGUCUAUUCCGUUAGUUUUGUUUCCGAAGAUCUCUCCUUACAUAUAGGAAAAGUUAGAAAAAUUUCUAUGGAAGAAGUGUUUGAAAGGCUGAAAAGCAAGAAAAUUAUUGUAAAAAAUGAAAAAAGGCAAUCGAAAAGAGAAAGUAAUAAUAAUUAUUAUUCUUUUAGCUUUCCUAGAAAUAUGAAAUAAUAGUGGUUAUUAAUAUUACCUGUUCAUGGGUAAAGUCAAGAUUUAGUCUAUAUUGUUUUCAGCUAGAAGACUUAUAAUAAUAUUGAUGUGGGAAACAGUUUUAUUGUUAUUUUUUUGCUAUUAGCGCUGGCCGUAAGUCAUGAUAGAGAAAUCUGUAGCACUUGUCUUGGUUAAUUUUUUUUAAAAGUUUCUUGAAUAUUGCAUGUGAAAAAAUGAAUGGCCCAAAUACAGUACAGAGCAGUUUAAAUCCUCCAAGACAGUAAACCUGUUACCAUGGCUAUACUUAUUUUUAUCAUUUUUUUUAUCUUAUAUAAUUAUUUUCUUGUCAGAGGCCCGAACAAGUAACUUUAAUUUGUAUAGAUGAAUUGAAUGAAUCCUGAUAAGCUGGCUGAUUAUCAGGGCAAGAGCAAAUUAAUUAAGUGGC